GGGAUGAGGGUAUGUUUGCAAUAAACAUUCCCAUUGACACAGUCACACAUUGUCUGUCCGAAGAGCAGUGUCUCGACAGAAUGAAGUGUGCUACAAUGCCCUUCUCCAGCGGAUGCGCCACUCUUCUCUCUUUCUCUCUCUUUUCCUGGUCUUGCGCUAUGCCCUGAGGAAACGGUCACACCGAGAUUGCGAACAAGCUAGAGAUGGGGACGGAAGGGUCACGGAAUUUGGAAUUCGUACACAAUGGCGAAUCAAGAAACUCAGCAGCGCCGUCCCCGUCAACAACGCCGGUCCAAGGAUCGACCGGUGGUCCCGGCUAGGGUUCCGUUGAGGCUGUUGCUGCGGGUAGCGUCGGUUGCCGGAGGCAUUCAGUUUGGGUGGGCAUUGCAGCUCUCGCUUCUGACGCCGUACGUGCAGCAGCUGGGGAUCCCGCACGUGUGGGCCAGCAUCAUAUGGUUGUGUGGGCCGCUCUCUGGGCUGCUGGUGCAGCCCCUGGUGGGCCACUUGAGCGACCGCUGCACCAGCCGGUUCGGCCGCCGGAGACCGUUUAUCUUGGGCGGAGCGUUGGCGAUCAUCAUUGCUGUUCUGAUCAUCGGUCACUCCGCGGACAUCGGGUGGUGGUUCGGCGACACGCCCAAACAUCGCCCCUGGGCUGUGGGCGUUUUCGUUUUCGGGUUUUGGAUUUUGGACGUGGCUAACAACGUCACUCAGGGCCCUUGUAGAGCCUUGCUUGGUGAUCUCACUGGCAAGGAUCACCGAAGGACACGUGUUGCAAAUGCUUAUUUCUCCCUGUUUAUGGCUAUUGGUAAUAUUCUUGGAUAUGCAGCUGGAUCAUACAGUGGUUGGUACAAGGUCUUUGCUUUCACCAUGACCCCUGCAUGCAAUAUUAGUUGUGCAAAUCUCAAGUCUGCUUUCUAUCUUGAUAUUGGUUUCAUCGCUGUCACCACUUAUAUAAGCAUCAUGGCAGCUCAUGAAGUACCUCUGAGUUCUAGUGGGGCACAACCUGUUGAAGCAGCAGCAGGGGAAUCGGGUGCUGCUGGAGAAGCUUUUCUGUGGGAGCUAUUCGGGACAGUCAGAUAUUUUUCAACCCCAGUAUGGACAAUACUGUCCGCUACUGCCUUAACUUGGAUUGGGUGGUUUCCAUUUCUCCUUUUUGAUACUGAUUGGAUGGGCCGAGAGAUUUAUGGUGGUGAACCAAAUGAAGGCCCUAAUUAUGAUACUGGAGUUAGAAUGGGGGCAAUGGGCUUAUUGCUUAAUUCAGUUGUUCUUGGAAUAACGUCUGUACUCAUGGAGAGGUUAUGCAGGAAGCGGGGGGCUGGGUUUGUGUGGGGAAUCUCAAAUAUCUUGAUGGCUGUCUGCUUUAUUGCAAUGCUUAUUGUAACCUAUCUGGCAAAUAGAAUUGGCUAUAUAGGCAAAGAACUACCACCAACUGGCAUUGUGAUUGCUGCAUUGACAAUCUUUACCGUUCUUGGGUUUCCACUUGCAAUCACUUACAGCGUUCCAUAUGCCUUAAUUUCCACACAUAUUCAGUCAUUGGGGCUUGGCCAAGGAUUGUCAAUGGGGGUCCUAAAUCUUGCAAUAGUGUUCCCACAGAUGGUGGUGUCCCUGGGAAGUGGACCGUGGGAUCAGCUAUUUGGUGGAGGAAACUCUCCGGCCUUUGCCGUGGCAGCUGUUGCAGCCCUUCUCAGUGGAUUAAUAAGUAUCUUGGCUAUUCCCCGACCUGGCGGUCGAAAGUCUACAAGUCAAGUAUGAGGUAUCAUGUUCUUUCUACAUUUGACACGGAUUUCUUUUCAAAGAGGGAUGAGGAAAAUGGGCAGGUAGCAAUAAUGUGUAAAUAGUUAUGUUUUACUUCUGUUUGAUUGUAGUCUUUUUAUUGAGCCUUCUAUUGAUUGAGAUAUCUCCGUCCCAAUCAUUUUGUAAUACGAAUAAUUGAUUACAUGGAUGUGUUUUUAUUUUAUUCAUCAUUUUUUAUGGC